GGGUCGUCGACCUGCAAGAGACUCCCUCUCCAUCCACGUCCACCAACGCCUCCUCCCCGUCCCCCACGACGUCCACGACCCUCCGCACGACGACGACCGCCUUUUCACCACCCACCAGCAAGACCCAGACAUGCCCUCGGCCUCAAACUAUGUCCCAGACGUGCUCUGUCGCCGCAUCCAGGACGGCAUCCGCGCGGUCACGCAGCGGCUGCACAGUAGACGACACAUCACCGACCGUUCAACAACAGACCGAAUACCUAGCAAACGACGCUCGGCUUUCCGCUACCGCUCACGACAAUCGUUGAAGCUGCCCUACAUCCCGCCAGAACUAUGGGGUGUCAUCAUUCAGCACGCCUGCGUAUUCGAGUACGACCCGCUGGACACGGAGCAGGAACUAUCCUUCUUGGAGAUGUCGACAUCCGCCCAGCUCGCGACGCAUCGAGCUGCCAUGCAAGUGAAGCUCACGCUGUCGCUCGUUUGCAAGGAGUGGAACGCGCUGAGCCGGCCAUUCGUGUACGAGUUCGUGUGGAUCAGUCAUGCGGUACAGGCCAAGCUGCUCGCGCGGACGCUCAUCAUGGAGUUCGUGGAAGGCUUGGAGUGCAGCGGGAAGUACCUCCGGCGCCUGCAUAUCGAGACGCCUGCGCUGGAGCGCUGUGCGCCGGCGGACCUCCGGACAAUCCUAGACUACUCGCCCCAGCUUUUCAUCUUCUCCGACCACCAUUCCGUACAACGGAAUCUGUUGACGGGCGUGCAGGACCCCCGAUGUAGUCCGGAGGAGAUCUUGCGACUGGUCGCUCACCCGAAGAUCCGGAGACUGAGCUGGACGUGCUACGACGAUACGCCGUUCGAGCUGCGGAUGCACCCACUGGAGACGAACCUCGCGACGCGGCUAGAGUACCUGGAGCUCUCAUGCUGCUCGCCAAACUUCCGCUCGAUCAUCGCCGAGUCGUUCGCGCAGCCACAGGCGCACUCACGCGGCGCGACGAUCGACAUGAACGUCUCCUUGCCGUCUCUGCGCGCGCUGAAGGUCUCACUGGACAACAACACGUUCGCGGCCCUCGCGUCGUGGGACAUGCCCAAGCUGACGAACUUGUCGGUGUUAUCCUCGGACUUCAGCUACACCGGCGCGGGUUUCGCGGCGUUCUUCCAGGCGCACGGAGCGAAGCUGCGGCAGCUUGAGCUCGGGCACUCGUCCGCCCUCGUAGAGGAGCACUAUCUCACGACGCCCCAGCACGUCCUUCAGAUGCAGCACGCGUCGCCGCGCCCAGUGUCGCUCGCGGAGUGGUGCCCUAACCUGCGCGAACUGAUCUGCUCGGCGGAUGCGGAGUGGCACUGGCAGAGCCCCGAUUGGAUCGCGCCGCAUAUCCUCCUCCCGGCGCACCCCCGUGUCGAGCUCAUCGGCAUCCGAGACAUCGAUACACGCCUACGGGAAGAUCCGGACGUCCCCGGUGCGGACACGCCGUACUUCCCGCUGUUCGAGCAGCUUUCGUCGUUGCUGCGGUGCGACGCGUUCCCGAGUCUGCGGUAUGUGCGGGACAUGAGCGAAGAGAGCCACCGGAUGCGCAUGGUCCAGCCGGACAAGCGCGUGCACGCGUUUUGGAGCAAGGUCGUGCGCGCGUGCCAGGAGCGCGCGGUCUGGCUUGAGGACUGCGCAGGCGUGAACAUCACGCAGCGCAACCUCCAGCGCGCCGCGGCGCUGCAGAAGACGACCCAGUCAUACAUCGAGGCGUUCCGCUCGCGGUAGGCCCGCUGGGACCGAUUGUAUACCCCCUUCCUCUGGCUCUUACGCCCUUGCAUACCAAUAUUUACGACAACUGUUUAUGCCCUCGGCGACGACGCAAUCAAGCAAGAAGAAGACCGCAAUUACCCAUGUUCCCUGCAUAUAUCCCACUCACACACAGUGCAUGUCCAUUCUACGACCAUGGUUACCCAUUUGUACGCAUCUCAUGUGCUGUAUCGUCUGACAUCCUAGCUGGCUUCGUUAUCCAGCCGUUCUCGUGCAUUUUCAUACGUUUCAUCAUCCUUGGGUCAGCAGGUGACAUGCUGGUGUGCGGUUACGACCUUUCAAGUUCUAUUACUUUCGGCGAUUUGGAUGUGCGCCGCUCCUUUUCUUCAAUCUUCGGCUGUCUAUGGACCUCGGUUGGAUUUAUCGAUUUGAAGUAGAGUUUUGGCGGUACAAAAUGAU